UGCAGCCAUGGCCCUGCGCUACCCCAUGGCCGUGGGCCUCAACAAGGGCCACAAGGUGACGAAGAACGUCAGCAAGCCGAGACACAGCCGGCGCCGGGGUCGCCUCACCAAGCACACCAAGUUCGUGAGGGACAUUAUCAGGGAGGUGUGCGGCUUCGCGCCCUAUGAGCGGCGCGCCUUGGAGUUGCUCAAGGUAUCCAAAGACAAGCGCGCGCUCAAGUUCAUCAAGAAGAGGGUGGGCACGCACAUGCGGGCCAAGAGAAAACACGAGGAGCUGAGCAAGGUGCUGGCAGCCAUGAAGAAGGCGGCGGCCAAGAAGGAUUGA